ACAUUUUCUUCGGAAAAUUUUGUUUUCCUGGAAUUUCCCAGUAGAUAAUUUUAACUGGUAGCUACUAUUUAAACAACAGUACAGAAGUCAGAAUCAAUCGUUCUUCGGUAGAGAGAGCAAGAAGGAAGUCAUCAUUAUUUUCAAUAUGGCAUAUUUACUCUUCAUAGCAGUUAUGUCAAGUGUAUUUUUUACAUCAUGCGCUCAACUUCCUCCUCGUCCUGUGUCAUUUAUUCCAACGUUGUACGUAACUCCAGCUAUUGAGAAUCCAAAGCCAUUGGAAACAUUCAUGUACCAAGCCAACAUAUGUAACACAAGUACUUAUCGCAAUUUAAUGAUGAUAAUCAGAGUUAACAUUCCUUCAGGAUGGAACCCGAAUAUUGGAGUUAUAGCAAAACUACAGUUGUGUGACAAUCCAACCUGUGCAGCAGUUUUGUGCACCAAUUAUCCAAAUGGAAGAUUCAAUGGCCAACAUAAUUUCUUUUCCUAUAAUGAAAGCAUGAGUGCCAUUUAUGUCUCAGUAACUGCAGGCAACGCUCCAUAUAUAUCUUGGACUGUCGCUGUGGAAUUCAUAGAAAAAACCAAUCAUGUUAAGAUGUCACAACGAAAAUCGUUGCUUUAUGAUAUAUUUGAAUAUCCUGAGCCAAUUGCAAUGAACAAAGUGACAAAUGCAGAUAUUAAAAUCAUGCAACAGAUAGUUCCACCAGGAACUCCACAUUCUGUCACAACAUUGAACAGACAAGAUUUCAAAUUAGCAUUUUGUCCUGAUGCUGGAACGACGCAAAGAUAUAACAUCGAUAUUAUCGUGACCGCAAUGGAUUCGGUUUCUGCAAUGGCAACAUACGUCUGCUUACCUCCAGUAGAUCCUUCAACAGGAUGCACUCCUCAAGAUGCAACAAGUUCAGACCCAAGAGGAAUAGCUUUAAAUGUUGUUACUAUUGGUACGGGAACUGGUUCUCUGAGGGAUAUUUAUGUCGCUGUAGUUGGUUGGGGAGAUGGUCAACAAAUAAAUCGUUUCUCCAUUGGAGCAACGAUCACAAAAAAGUGAACAUUGCUUUUUAAAUGACAACAAAUUUUAGUGUUUUAUUUUUGUCAUUAUUCAUGCGAUUAAAAUGAUUUAGUUGAAGCAA